UCUACGCAUCUCUCCUCGCACGCAACUCGCGGAGAGAGGGGUUGAGGCGCGCCAAAGCUUUCCCUCGCUCCUCUCUGCCUGCAUCGCGCGUUCCCUCAACCUGCUUCGCAGCCCGCGUUUUUGCACCUCCGACAACGCCCUCCCGGUCCCGCCUCGCGCUUCCCCUCCCACCACACUCUCGCUGAGAGAGAGAGAGAGGCAAGAGACACCCCUGGAUUUCUUAGCGGCCCCCCCAAAGAAGGAAACAAACAAAGAGUUGGUUAAACAACCCCACUCGCUUCUCAACUACCAAGGGCCUGCCUGAUUGCCAAGAAGUGAAGAAUUAGGGGCUGGAUCAUCUUGGGUACACAAUGAAGAUUGACUUUGGUUUUUCUGUCCAAGGCGUCACAUGCUUGAUGAGUUCACUAUCUGCCAUGCUUUGCUGCCAUCCCCAUUGCUUCUAAGAAACCACAGUUUGGAGACAGGCCAUUGACUCUCCCUCCACCCUUCACUGAAGACAGCUGGGGUCAGCAACGCAAGGCCACAGCAGGAAACCUCUACCUUUGAAAACAAAACCCACCCACCUUCUGAAUCCCUCACACCAUUUCCUCUCCUUCUAGGAUAAAGGCCUCUGGAUCCUAAGGGAUAGCUGAGAUCUUUCCUGGGCGAGGAGAACUUGCCUCUCCAGUCAAGUGUUUCCUCUCUUGUGGAGUUAAACGGCUGUAGUGCCUAUUACCAGAGCCAUCCUCUCUGGUGUGAGUGGCUUUAAUUUUGUUUUUCUCGUAAGGGAGGAAAAAAGAAAGCUUCUUUCAAAAAUGGGCUUUACCCUCCGCUCUGCCUCUUUCACCCUGAAGCUGAGUUUGUUGCUGGGCUCCUUGCUCAGCCUCUGUCUUGGACUAGAGUUCAUGGGGCUCCCCAGCCAGUGGGCCCGUUACCUCCGCUGGGAUGCAAGCACAAGGAGUGACCUCAGCUUCCAGCUGAAGACCAACGUCUCAACUGGGCUGCUUCUCUACUUUGAUGAUGGUGGUGUCUGUGACUUCCUCUGUUUGUCCCUGGUGGAUGGGCGCAUUCAGCUCCGGUUCAGCGUGGACUGUGCUGAGGCCACAGUUGUCACGGAUAAGCAGGUCAAUGACAGCAACCUGCACUUCUUGAUGGUUAGCCGCAACCACCUCCGGACUGUUCUUGUGCUGGACGGGGAAGCCAAACCUGGCGAAGUGCGCCCUCAGCGCCAGUACAUGAACAUUGUCAGCGACCUCUUUGUGGGAGGUGUCCCGUCAGACAUCCGUCCUGCUGCCUUGACCCUCGACAGUGUCCUGAGUGAGUCACCAUUCAAAGGAUUUAUCUUGGACCUGAAAUACGGCAAUUCAGAACCCCAACUCUUGGGCCACCAGGGGGUCCGCCUGGACAUGGAAGGGCUAUGUACAGAGAACCCUUGCGAGAAUGGUGGAACUUGCUUCCUCCUGGAUGGCGAGCCACAGUGCGAUUGCUCAGCCACUGGAUACAUUGGGAAACUCUGUUCUGAAGCAAGGGACGAGAAUGUAGCCACCUUCCGUGGUUCCGAAUACCUGUGCUAUGACCUCUCUCAGAACCCCAUUCAGAGCAGCAGCGAUGAGAUCACACUCUCCUUCAAGACGUGGCAGCGCAAUGGGCUUAUCCUACACACGGGCAAGUCGGCUGAUUACGUCAACUUGGCUCUGAAAGACGGCGCGGUCUCAUUGAUCAUUAACCUGGGGUCCGGAGCCUUUGAGGCCAUUGUGGAGCCAGUCAGUGGCAAAUUUAAUGACAACCAUUGGCACGACGUUAAAGUGACACGCAACCUGCGGCAGGUGACAAUCUCUGUGGAUGGAAUCCUCACCACCACGGGCUACACACAAGAGGACUAUACCAUGCUAGGCUCAGACGACUUCUUCUACGUAGGUGGGAGCCCCAGUACAGCUGAUUUGCCUGGUUCGCCUAUCAGCAAUAACUUCAUGGGCUGCCUCAAAGAGGUUGUUUACAAGAAUAAUGACAUCCGUCUGGAGCUGUCUCGCUUGGCGAGGAUUGGUGACACAAAAAUGAAAAUCUAUGGGGAGGUGAAGUUCACGUGUGAGAACGUGGCCACACUGGACCCCAUCAAUUUUGAGACACCUGAGGCCUACAUUAGCCUGCCUAAGUGGAACACCAAGCGCAUGGGCUCCAUCUCCUUUGACUUCCGCACCACGGAGCCAAAUGGUCUUAUACUCUUCACCCAUGGCAAGCCUCAGGAGAGGAAGGAUUCCAGGAGCCAGAAGAACACCAAAGUGGACUUCUUUGCAGUGGAACUUUUGGAUGGGAACCUCUACUUACUUCUCGACAUGGGCUCUGGAACAGUCAAAGUGAAGGCCACUCAAAGGAAAGCUAAUGAUGGAGAAUGGUAUCACGUUGAUAUUCAGAGAGAUGGCAGAUCAGGCACCAUAUCGGUGAACAGCAGACGGACACCCUUCACUGCUAGUGGGGAGAGUGAGAUCUUGGAUCUGGAAGGAGACAUGUAUCUGGGCGGACUGCCUGAAAACCGGGCAGGCCUCGUCCUCCCUACUGAGCUCUGGACAGCCAUGUUGAACUAUGGCUACGUGGGCUGCAUCCGAGAUCUCUUCAUCGAUGGGCGGAGCAAGAACAUCCGUCAGCUGGCGGAACAGCAGAAUGCUGCUGGGGUCAAAUCAUCCUGCAGUCGGCACAACACCAAGCAGUGUGACAGCUAUCCCUGUAAGAACAAUGCUGUUUGCAAAGAUGGCUGGAACCGCUUCAUCUGUGACUGCACUGGCACUGGCUAUUGGGGGAGAACAUGUGAGCGGGAGGCAUCGAUUCUGAGUUAUGAUGGCAGCAUGUACAUGAAGAUCAUUAUGCCGAUGGUCAUGCACACAGAGGCAGAGGAUGUGUCCUUCCGCUUCAUGUCUCAGCGGGCUUACGGGCUCCUGAUGGCCACCACAUCCCGUGAUUCAGCCGAUACCCUGAGGCUAGAGCUGGAUGGAGGCCGUGUCAAACUCAUGGUCAAUCUAGGUAAAGGACCUGAGACCCUUUAUGCUGGGCAGAAACUCAAUGACAAUGAAUGGCACACAGUCCGUGUGGUACGUCGGGGAAAGAGUCUCAAGCUGACAGUGGAUGAUGAUGUUGCCGAAGGUACCAUGGUUGGUGACCACACCCGCUUGGAAUUCCACAAUAUUGAGACUGGGAUAAUGACAGAGAAGCGUUAUAUCUCUGUCAUUCCCUCCAGCUUCAUUGGCCACCUCCAGAGCCUCAUGUUCAAUGGCCUUCUCUACAUUGACUUGUGCAAGAAUGGUGACAUUGAUUACUGUGAAUUGAAAGCCCGCUUUGGGCUGCGCAACAUCAUUGCGGACCCUGUCACCUUCAAGACCAAGAGCAGCUACUUGAGCUUGGCAACUUUGCAGGCCUACACCUCCAUGCACCUCUUCUUCCAGUUCAAGACAACCUCUGCUGAUGGCUUCAUCCUUUUCAACAGUGGUGAUGGAAAUGAUUUCAUUGCAGUUGAGCUGGUCAAGGGGUAUAUACACUACGUGUUUGACCUUGGGAAUGGACCUAAUGUCAUCAAAGGCAAUAGUGACCGGCCUUUGAAUGACAACCAGUGGCACAAUGUAGUCAUCUCCCGAGACAACAGCAACACCCACAGCCUAAAAGUGGACACCAGGGUUGUUACUCAGGUUAUCAAUGGUGCCAAAAACCUUGACCUUAAGGGUGAUCUUUACAUUGCUGGCCUGGUUCAAGGAAUGUACACCAACCUCCCCAAGUUGGUAGCAUCUCGCGAUGGGUUUCAAGGCUGCCUGGCAUCGGUGGACUUGAACGGGCGCCUGCCAGAUCUUAUUAAUGAUGCUCUUCACCGCAGCGGGCAGAUUGAACGUGGAUGUGAAGGACCAAGCACCACUUGCCAAGAAGACUCCUGUGCCAACCAAGGCAUCUGCAUCCAGCAAUGGGAAGGCUUCAUUUGUGACUGUUCCAUGACUUCCUACUCUGGGAACCAAUGCAAUGAUCCUGGUGCCACAUAUAUCUUUGGGAAAAGUGGAGGCCUCAUCCUUUACACCUGGCCAGCAAAUGACAGGCCCAGCACGAGGACGGACCGCCUUGCUGUCGGGUUCAGCACAACAGUGAAAGAUGGCAUCUUGGUUCGGAUCGACAGUGCGCCUGGCCUUACUGACUUCCUGCAGCUUCACAUAGAACAAGGCAAGAUCGGUGUAGUUUUCAACAUCGGAACAGUAGAUAUCUCGAUCAAAGAAGAAAGCACCCCAGUGAAUGAUGGCAAAUAUCACGUUGUACGCUUUACCCGAAAUGGUGGCAAUGCUACUCUUCAGGUAGAUGGUUGGCCAGUGAAUGAACACUAUCCUUCAGGCAACACUGAUACUGCGUUCCAAUUGGUAAAACAGAAAAUCCCCUUCAAAUAUAACCGGCCCGUAGAGGAAUGGCUGCAGGAAAAAGGACGACAGUUAACGAUCUUCAACACCCAGGCGCAAAUAGCCAUUGGAGGAAAAGAUAGAGGGCGUCUCUUCCAAGGCCAGCUCUCCGGUCUCUAUUACAAUGGUUUGAAAGUGCUGAACAUGGCAGCAGAGAGCAGCCCCAACAUCAAGAUCAAUGGAAGUGUCCGGCUGGUGGGAGAAGUGCCAUCCAUCUUGGGAACUGCACCCACAACCUCCAUGCCACCAGAGAUGUCUACAACAGUCAUGGAGACCACCACUACUAUGGCCACUACUACAACCCGAAGAAACCGCUCCACACCUACCAUUCAGACAACAGAUGACCUCAUUUCCUCAGACCAUUCAGCGGAAUGUUCUAAUGAUGACGAAGACCUCAUUGAAUGUGAGCAGAGUGUAGGUAAGCCAGCAAACCCCACGGAGCCAGGCAUCAGACGGGUUCCGGGGGCCUCAGAGGUGGUCCGAGAGUCGAGCAGCACGACGGGGAUGGUCGUCGGCAUUGUGGCUGCCGCCGCCCUCUGCAUCCUGAUCCUCCUGUAUGCCAUGUACAAGUACAGGAACAGGGACGAGGGGUCCUAUCAGGUGGACGAGACGCGGAACUACAUCAGCAACUCGGCCCAGAGCAACGGCACGCUCAUGAAGGAGAAGCAGCAGAGCGCAAAGAGCGGCCACAAGAAACAGAAAAACAAGGACAAAGAAUAUUACGUGUAAAAAAAAUGAAAAUAAAAAUGGAAAAAAAUAUAAAAAAUACUUAUUUAUAUAUAUAAAUAUAUAAAUAUUUAAUGAGAUAGAACUGAAUCUAAAAAAAACAAAAAACUGUUACAGCUAACGAGAUUGGGAGCUGCAGUUUGUGGUGGUUUUUUUUUUAAUUUGAAAAAAAAAACCCAAAUCUUGAGAAUAAACAUUUCGGCUGUUGACGUGCUAAGUUUUCAGUCACCGCUCGGGAGUCCCCAAACUCUGUACCCUACUGUAUUAUAAAGCACACUUAGCGUUCCGAAGAAGGCAUAUGCAGCACUUACCAUGUUGGCGGACUUGGAAAGCCUUCAGGCCUCCUCCCCCUCAGCUGAACUUUUCUGCAAAAGGCAGAAGACUUCAUGGCUUACUUGUUUCGUAUCUCCAAGUGAGUCUUUAAUGAUGUUCAUGAUCUUUGACUGUACGCUAAUUUUUUUGUUUUUGUUUAGUUUAAAUUAUUUGAAAAAAAGACAAACAAAAAAAGAAAAAGAAAUGACAAAUGUUAUAAAAACACACACACAACAACAGCAACCACCGAUCUGGCCCUGACCAGCUUAUCUUUUUUUUUCUCCCCAAGUUGUGAAGGGGGGAGGGGCGGGAGAGAGAAAAUAAAUAAAUGGUGUGGGGUUUUCAUUAUGUUUUUUGUCUGAGUUCUUUUCAUUUUCUGUGAGGGUUUUUGGGAGAAUGAGCCAGGACAUAAGUCAAGAAGAAACCUUGGGGAUUUUAUUAUUAUUAUUUUUAUUUAAAGAAAUAGUAAUAAAGAGAGACUGUUGCCAUAUAUGAACUCACGUUCUACUGACGGUGUUUGCUCUACAUAUCAGGUUGUGUUGUCUCUUGAAUUUGUUGUCUGCAGUAAGUUGUUAACGUAAAAACAAACAAACAAAGGACAGGUGAUGGGGUGGCAGUGAUGGUGGCGAUGACGAGAAUGACAGUAAUGGAGGAUAACACACCCCUCCACGCCCCCCAGCCAAGAUCUGGCUCCUGUAUUUGUGACUGAAGUCAUGAGGAGAUAACAUGGUUUCUUCUUUGACUAGGGGCCCCCACUGGCUGUAUUUGACUACUGCUUAGUAUACAUUAGCAUAGCCGAGCAAAUAAAAGGGACGGAGAAAGCAAAACAAAACAAAAUACUGAGCCAUUCUGAAUUGAACAGACCAAGCAAAAAUAAAGGAGCCAUUUUCUGGGUUCUGGCUCCUUUGCUGAUGGUAAUGCAUGAAUGCAAACAAUAGUAACCAGUUGAAUUGAAUGUUUAGAAAGAGUAUAUUGAGUUCAACUUGUGACAAGAUCUACAAAAUGUCGCACGAGCCAAAAAAACAUGUCAUGAACGAGUACAAAAAUAGGGGUGGGUGCUUUUUAAAAAAUAAAAAAAAUAAAGAAAACCAUGAAGGUGUGUUUCAUAUGUGACCAUUUAAUUUUGUAGAUUUGACAUUUCUGAUUCGCUGUCCUUCCAUUCCCCCAAUUCUCCCUUUCCUUUAUCUUUUAUAUGAAAGAAGAUAAAUUUAAGAAGUCUCUAUGACACACAGAAAUAAAUAAAUAAAACUAAAGGAGCUUAUUAAUAGUAUAAUAUAUAUAAAUAUAUAUAUAUAUAUACACACAGAUAUAUUUAUCAUGGUAUGUUUGAUGGGACGACUGGAACAGAAAUGCUGUUAAAAUCUUAAGAUGAAAUGAGAAUGUUGUAAAGAAAAAAAUGUUUUUACAAAACAACAAAAAGCUAAACUUUAAAAAUAUGAAGAGUGUGUGCAUUUUAACUUUGUCACAGUUACCUGUGUCAAAAAGAUUUUAAGAGGGAAAAAAGAUUUUGUUUACAUAUUUUACUACAGUUUUCUUUUUGACUGGUGUAAUUUCUAGAUGGGUACCCUAAUGUACAUAUGCUCUGAGAUUUCAUUGGGUUGUUGUUUAUAUUCAAUGUACUUAAUUUCGAUUGUUGUUGUUUUUUUUAUUAUUUUUCCUUCCAUUAAUAGAGCAACUUGGUGUACAGGGAAAACAAAUAACCAACUGGGGUUUUUUUUGGCCAUAAAUAUCAUGUGCAAAAAAUAUAUAUUUAAAAAAAUUAAGCAAAAAAAGAGAGACAGACAGAAAGAAUGAGAGAGACAAGGAGAACACAAAAAUUCUAAAGAGGACUCUGGCAUAUUAAAAUGUACAAUUUUUCUGUGUACAGA